AUGGAUGAUCCAUUAAGUCGAGCUUUGCGUGAAGAUGAACAAGGCAUUUCGAAUGCGCAUGAAAACGGUCAAACAACACCGAAUGUUGCCGAUCCUGAUUGUCUUGAAAAAACGUCUUCGUUAUCAAUUAGUCAUAGUCACAAUGACUGGAUUCUGCCGUCCACAAACGAACGUCGAGAGGAAGUCGAAGUCAAUGAGGAGCAAACUAAAAUCUAUGUUGGAGAUCCAAAAAAGCAUAAGUCCAAUCUCGAUUCAUUUAUAACAUAUUUAGUCACCAUGCAAACAUACAAUGAUGGAGUUCAAAUCAAUGAAACUAACGUACGACGACGUUAUAAUGAUUUUGUCUGGUUAAAAAAUCUUCUCGAUGUUAAAUAUCCAUUUAAUAUUAUUUCACCUUUGCCAAUCAAACAUACGCUAUCAAAGAAACUGCAUGUUAUCGCUGACGAUGGAGAAUUUAUUCGACGACGUAUGAACGGUCUACAGAAUUUCCUUCGACGAAUUAUAAAUAAUCCCGUUAUUUCAAUUGAUCCGUCUGUACAAUUAUUUUUGACUGCUGACGAUGAGGCGCUUCAUUCUGCUCAGCAACAACCGAAUCCAACGUCGCCCUUAACUCCUCAAAUGACUUCAUCAACUUCGAAUCCAUUUCGUCAACCCAUUGGUCGUGGAAAACCCAUUCCGAGUGAAUUUUCUCGAACAGAUAACCAAAUUCAAAUGUUACAAGACAAUCUUCGUAAACUCGAACGUCUUUCACGAAAAAUCGAAUCCGAUCAAAUAGCCAUACACACUGAAGAAGAGCAUUUACUCUCCACAUUCAAACAAUGGCUGGAUACCGAACGGAAAUAUGAUGAAAACGACUCACUAGUUGACACAAUAUGCAAUGCGGAACAGAAAAUAGUGGACAAUCAAGAUGAUUUACUUCGCACGACAAAUACGAAAUAUAUUGAACCGAUCAAUGAAUAUGUUCUAUUCACUGGCGUUGUGCAGGAUGUUCUAAAACGUCGUGCACAAUUCGCUGAUAAUGUUACUGCGAGUAACAACGAAGAGAUGUUCGAUCAAUUAACGAUUGCGAAUGAAACAAUUAAAGCUGACGUACAACGAUGGACAGAAGGAAAAGACAAAGAAUUAAUGGAUCUGUUUCAUUCGAUGGCUAACAAAAAAGUGGAUUUUUAUACUCAAUCAAUCAAUGCCUGGGAACAAGCAGCUGCCAAGUUGUCGACUCCGACCAAUCACAGAUGA